UGACACUUCUGAUAAAUGUUAUGAAAAGUUGGCAGUUCAUAAAUAUAUUAUCUUAUCUGUUGGCCUACAUAAUGUCUUUUGCAUUCGGGUUUUCAUGAAGUUGCUAUUCAAAGAGAGUAAUUUAUGUCUUAGACCUGUAAACGAGUGCUAGAUGUACUGAUAGCUGGUGGGUGGGAGAUAAACCUGAUGUCUCUCUCAGAGCUGAGAGACGACUCAUGAUGAAGUAAAAACAGAAACCCCACCAUUACGAAACAACAAUAAUUACAAGGUGGCAUUUUUCAUUGCAGGUUUGGUUACUUUAACUAUAAGUAUCAAAAAAGAAAGCUAAAUAGUCAUUUUGUAACUGAACCACUGAACCUAACCAGCUUCAAUUUUACUUUUGAUUUCAUUUAUUAUCACCAGACUGACUCAGUGAGAAAUCGAAAGAGUUGCCCACAUGUUUAAAACAAGGAUAAUUGCAACGUUAAUGUUUAUCUGUCAAACAUGCGGGGCCUCAGGAAGCCCAUAUUUGGACAAGUCUGUGGAAUCGGAGACCUGACUUCCCAGGUAGUGUGAGGGAGAAGAAGUGAAAGCAGGAACAGCAGUGAAGGCUUGAACUGGUAGAGCUGCUGUCUCGAUGCCUUAUGACUCCUGUUGUGUUCUGUCAUAUGACCAGGCACACACCACUCACAUCUCUCACACAACCGUUCAGUCUUAGGUGGCGUGAUGAACGAUGGGGAAGGAAAGACUGCCAGUCAUAUUCAACAUUUCCUGCUGUUUUCCUCUGUGUGUCGUAGUGCUGUUUCUUAUGGAGAUAUUAGUGACUUAAAUGUAUUACUGAUGGAUAGAGUUCCCUUAACAAUGCCAUACCACUUGAAUAGCACAUCCAUGGAAAUGUUGGGUGUUUCCACAUUCCCUGACAUGGACUUCCCUAACAUCACGCUUCAGCCCAGUGAAGUCUUCUCUCAAGACCUCUCUUGCCUAGAUGACCUGUCCUCCACCUCUCUGUUCUCCUCUCCAGCGGACUCACUGUCUGAGUACACUGAUGCUCAGGUCUUCCUCAACUCAGACAACUUGUCGCAUGUGCCUACAAUAUGGGAUAUCAACACCCCAGCACAGAACCAGCCAGAGCCCAACUCCAACAGGUUUCAGGGUCUGAACAGUUUCGAGGACCUGUCGGCCAUCAUCAGUACACCAGCGGGAGCUCUCCAGCCUCAGAGGCCUCACACACCACCUGAGAAUGAGCAGGAGGCAGAUGAGGAGGAAACGGAGGAACUGGGCCAUGUGGACACCUACGCAGACUACAAACCCUCCAAAUCCACCAUAGGGAUCUCCCAUCCAGACCGGGUGGUGGAGACCAACACACUGUCCAGUGUGCCUCCCCCUGACAUCACCUACACCCUCUCCAUCCCUGACGACACCAUUGACAGUGGCCUGCUCUCUGCCCUGCAACUGGAGGCCAUCAUCUACGCCUGCCAGCAACACGAGGUGAUUCUGCAGAACCAGCAGCGAGCGGGCUUCCUGAUCGGAGACGGGGCCGGCGUGGGCAAGGGCCGCACUGUAGCCGGGAUCAUCCUGGAAAACUACCGAAAGGGACGGAAGAGAGCGCUGUGGUUCAGUGUUUCCAACGACCUGAAAUAUGACGCAGAGAGAGAUCUCAAAGACAUUAACGCACCCAAUAUCCCCGUGCAUGCCUUAAAUAAGAUAAAGUAUGGGGACACAGCUACCUCAGAGGGCGUCCUGUUUGCCACGUACUCCGCGCUGAUUGGAGAGAGCCAGGCUGGUGGGCAGCAUCGCACUCGACUCAAGCAGAUCCUGGACUGGUGCCAACCGGACUUUGAGGGAGUCAUUGUGUUUGAUGAAUGCCACAAGGCGAAGAAUGCCACAUCCACCAAGAUGGGCAAGGCUGUCCUGGACCUGCAGAACAAGCUGCCCCGGGCCAGGGUGGUUUACGCCAGCGCCACAGGUGCCUCUGAGCCAAAGAACAUGAUCUACAUGAGUCGGUUGGGCAUCUGGGGAGAUGGGACCCCGUUUCGGACAUUUGAUGACUUCCUUCACGCCAUCGAAAAGAGGGGCGUGGGCGCCAUGGAGAUUGUUGCCAUGGACAUGAAGGUCAGCGGAAUGUACAUUGCACGGCAGCUCAGCUUCUCUGGAGUGUCAUUCCGCAUCGAGGAGAUUGGCCUGGACGAGGACUUCAAGCUGGUCUACAACAAGGCCGCCAAACUGUGGGCAGAGGCGCUGAACGUGUUUACGCAGGCAGCAGACCUGUUGGGCCUGGUCUCCAGGAAGUCCCUGUGGGGUCAGUUUUGGUCGUCGCACCAGCGCUUCUUCAAAUACCUCUGCAUCGCCGCCAAGGUGCGACGCCUGGUGGAGCUGGCUAAGAAGGAGUUGGACGCUGGCAAGUGUGUGGUGAUCGGGCUGCAGUCCACAGGGGAGGCUCGCACGCGGGAAGUACUGGACGAGAAUGAUGGACACCUGGACAGAUUUGUGUCUGCUGCUGAGGGUGUCUUCCAGUCUCUGGUUCAGAAGCAUUUUCCCUCAGAGAAGCAGAGGAGGGAAAAAGGGGCAGGAAACAAGAGAAAACGAAAGCCCCGGGGACGUCAGCCCAAGUGCUCACGGCAGGCGCAAGAGUUCGCCGGGGUCAUCAGCAUCAGCGACGACAGUAGUAGCGACACCGAAGCCAUGGACAGCGACUCCAACUCCUCGCCCGACUCGCUGCAGGACAACAACGAUGAUGUCAUCUUCGUCCACCAGACCAACAGUCACACCGCAGAAAUAGAAAAAAUGAAGCAAAGCCUACUGACCAAGAUCUCAGAACUGGGAAAAGAACUACCUCUGAACACACUAGAUGAGCUCAUAGACAAAUUUGGAGGACCAGAGAAAGUAUCUGAGAUGACCGGGCGGAAGGGUCGGGUGGUUCGGCGGACAGAUGGGACUGUCGCCUACGAGUCGCGCGCCGAGCAAAGCUACACCAUCGACCAGAUUAACAUUAAGGAGAAGGACCGCUUCAUGAGCGGGGAGAAGUUGGUGGCCAUCAUCUCGGAAGCGGCCAGCUCGGGAAUCUCCCUGCAGGCAGACAAGCGAGUGAAGAACCAGUGCCGGAGGGUGCACAUGACCCUGGAGCUGCCCUGGAGCGCAGACCGUGCCAUCCAGCAGUUUGGCCGCACGCACCGGUCCAACCAGAUCACGGCGCCCGAGUACAUCUUCCUCAUCUCGGAGCUGGCCGGAGAGCGGCGCUUCGCUUCCAUUGUGGCCAAACGCUUGGAGAGUCUGGGCGCUUUGACCCACGGAGACAGGAGAGCCACAGAGUCCCGAGAUUUGAGCAAGUACAACUUCGAAAACAAAUAUGGCACCAAGGCUCUAGAUAAGAUCACCAAAGCCAUCCUGGGGUACAUUGAGAGCAAAGUGCCCCCUCCCAAAGACUACCCUGGUGGCGACUCUAUGUUCUUCAGUGACAUGAAGCAAGGGAUGAUAAACGUGGGCAUCUUCAGCCGGGACUCACGCUUCGGCCUCAGCACUGAGAAAGACUGCACUAUCACCAAGUUCCUGAAUCGUAUCUUGGGUCUGGAGGUGCACAAGCAGAACUCCCUGUUCCAGUACUUCACUGACAACUUCGACUACCUGAUAGAGAAAGACAAGAAGGAGGGCAAAUAUGACAUGGGGAUCCUGGAUCUGGCCCCAGGCAAUGAUGAGAUCUACGAGGAGAAGCAAGAAGAGUUUUUGACCGUGGGGAACCCACACGAUGGCCAAGUCGUACUGUAUAAGAUCACUGUGGACCGAGGCAUGCCAUGGGAAGAGGCCUUGGCCAAGUCCCAAAGCCUGAGCGGCCCAGACGUGGGCUUCUACCUCUCUCACAAGCUGAGAGGCACUCAGCCUUGUGUGCUGCUGGCAGAGCAGGGUCGAGGCCACAACCUCAUCAUCCACAAGCCCAACAUAGGCAAGCAGGCCCAGCCCGAGAGUCUGGACAAUAUGGGGAAACGCUACCGAAAGGUCACUCCGGAGGAAGCAAAGGACAUCUGGGAGAAACAGUACCAGUUCUCCUUCAGUAAAUGCAGCCAUGCCAACUGGAAUGGGAAGUGUAAGAAAGUGGAGGAGGGACAGGAGUGCAUACAGGGCAUGCGUCUGCGUCAGUACCACAUGCUGUGCGGCGCACUGCUGCGCGUGUGGAAACGCGUUGCAGACACAGUGGCUGACCUCACCGGCUCCAGCAUCCUGCAGAUCGUCCGACUCAAGACCAAACAGCUCCAAAAGCAAGUGGGCAUUAAAAUCCCUGAGUCGUGUGUGUUGCGCGUGCGUGACGAGCUGCAGCAGAUGGACAGUGAGGUGAGGCGGCGGCGGGAGCGGGAGCUCCUCCAAGCACAGGAGUUCCAGCGGCCACCAGCGCUGCACACCGACGCCCUCGGCCCGCUGCCCUUCCCCUCCACCACCGGCGAGCUGAGCGGCCUUUCCCCCUUCCUCUACCCGCCGCCCACGGUGGGCGCGUUCCCCUCGCUGUCCAAGACCCCGCUGGCAGACAUGCUGGACGGCCCGGACACAGUCGCCCUGGGUCUUGGCGCCCUCCCGGCCACAGCCGCGGACUUCGGCCUGGAGUCUCUGGAGUCGCGGCAGCAACCGCAGCCACCGCAGCAGCAGCAGGAGAAGGACAAGUUUCUGGAGUUCAUGGACAGCAUCCGACAGUUUGAUUUGACACCGCUGUCCAACACCCCGCCACCGACACCUGCGUCGUCUUCGCCUGCAGCCAUGUCCUGUGUCCCCGCCGGAACAGCCCAAGCCCCCGGAGGGCUCUUUGCGUCCCAGGCCGUGAGCACAGUUGCCACCUCGACGUCUUCCUCGCCGAUGUUCUCCGAGAUGCCUUUGUUGACUAUGCCCACCACUCCGUGCAACAGCGACGUCCACAUUGACUUCCGUGAGGUUCUCAACACCAUGUUCCAGAAUAGCACCUUGGACAGGCAGUCCGUCAUCAAGUUCCCUCUGCAGGGCAGGGACUCCUCUUAACCAACCGUACCAGUUCUUGCCAUCCCCACCCCCACCACUGCCAUCAGGCCCCAACUCUGGACCCUACUGCCCAGCCCAGCCCAGCCCAUCCUCUACCACACCUAACCACACUC